UCAUUGGUGUACGAAAACAGGCAACAUCCAAAAUUAAAAUUACUUAGCAGCUCAAAUUGGCGCCAUUCGAAGAUCCUAACCUAGAAACAUAAAGCUUUUAAUAAGCUGAGUAAUUUUUUAUACACAUCGUAAAAAUGUGGAAUAGUGAAGAUUUAGACAAUACCGGAGGGGGUUUCCUGAACAGUACACAGAACAAUGUCGAUUCUCCAUCGCAAAAUAAGAAAGGAGGAGCACGGAGACUGCAGAGUGUGGUGCCUGUAGCUAUUCGUCAGAUUCGCGACAGUACCGAUGACGAAUUUAAACUUUUUGGUACACCUACACAAAUUUUGCAUAUUGUUGGUAUAUUAAGAGGAUAUGAAGUACAAUCAACAAAGGCCACAUAUACCAUCGAAGAUCACACUGGUGAGAUCAAAGCUAUAUGGUGGCUGGAGAGCGAUGAAGGUGACAGUACCCCAAAACUUCCACCAGUGAAAGAGGGAAGCUAUGUACAGUUAUUUGGGUCUUUGAGAAAUCAAGAUGGUGAAAAAAUCAUUAUGGUACUAAGAAUGUUUUUGGUUGAUGAUGCCAAUAUAGUCACUAGUCAUUUGUUGCAAGUUAUCCACACACGAUUACAAGCAGAAUACAACAGUAAAAAUCCGGGCUUGUCCCAUACAAUCAAUAAUCCUGGUGCUGCAUUACCUAACUCUAUGAGCUUUAUGGAUCAAAAUGUAGCAGACAAUGGUCAAAACGGUUUUACACCUAUACAAGCCAAAGUACAAAAAUUAUUGGAAACAGAUCACAGUACCACAGGAAUGAAUAUUAACACCUUAUUGAAAAGUUUCAAACCUAAUCAAGAAAAUGAAGUUAGGCGUGCUAUUGAAUUUUUGGUUAAUGAAGGUCAUGCCUACUCUACAAUUGAUAAUGAUCAUUUUAAGUCUACUUCUGAUUAGUUAAGAUUGUUUUUAUUAUAAUUUUCUUAUUUAUACUUACUUCUUUAUAUACAUUUAUUUAGUUUACUUUAUUAUUUCAUAUCAAGUAUUUUGUUUAUGAAUUUGUACUAUUAGAAUAUUAAAGUUUUCUUUAUUAUUAAAUUUCUUUUUUUAUUUAAUUAUGUUUCAAGUAAAGAAGCUACCUGGUGUUAAUGUUAAAUAUUUUUUGAACAAAGCAAUAUGAUUAAGUAAUAAUAAGGAUAUUUUUAAAAUAAUAUGUAAAAUAAAAAACAAUUCAUUUAUAAACGUUUUAUUAAAUAUUGUUAAUAUAAUAAAUAAGAUAUACAAAAAUUGACUCGCUCGAAAAUUUAGCUGCAGAAUAAAUAAAUAUAUCUUAAAUUCAUUACAAACUAAUCUUACAAAAUAUCCUUUACGAACCCAACUAUAACAUUAAAAUUUCAACAAUCUAUAACACUUAACAAAAAGGUAGUCAUGGUAAAAAAUCAAGACAAACUCCAGUAAAAGAUAUAAAAGCACUGGGAAUGUAUUUUUCACUUAAUAUUUGGUUAUAUUGGUAGUACUUAUUCACAAGGUUCCAAAACAAUAAUGUAAAAAUAAUUAGAUGAAAUACAAUAUAUAGAUAAAUAUACAGAUAUAAAAUUUGGUACAUCCAACAUGUAAAAUUUCAUAUUUAUCACCAUUAUAAAAUAUUAUUGCGACAAAAACGAACAAAGGUAACAGUGACAUAAAAAUAUUUUACUUUACAACUCAGUCUUGAUGCAUUCACGCUCGUAUCACUUACACGUGUACAUUGUAUAGCGAAUAUAAAAAACACAUAAAUUUUUGCGUAGCGGAAGUUGUUUUUGUAUACUUAUGCAUCAGAAAUUGGGACCAAUCUAAUAUGUAGCGCCACAAAAAUUCGCAGAUUACAAAACAAUCGAAUCCUCAAAUAGCGUUUCGGUUGUGACAGCUAACGUCCCACAAAAUAAUAAACAAAAUAACUAAUUAAUAGAAAUGUUACAAUGUAAUUUAUUAUAUCAGAAUACGUAAUUAUACAGGUGAGCAUUAAUUAAGGAAUUAUAUAAAUAUCGUGCAAAAACGAAACACUGCCGAGUCUUUUUUUUUUUUUCACCUAUACAA